CCUCGUAACACAGAAAAUAGUGUAGCGGUAGAGGCAGUGCGCUGUUUAGACCGUUGGUUGGCUCAUUGGUCAAAAGGUGUUUCUACUGAUAUUAUGCCGGGAGCGCAUGAUCCAGCCAAUUAUAUGCUCCCUCAGCAGCCAUUUCAUCAAUUUAUGUUUCCUGAAGCAUCUCAAAAUGCUUCAUUUCGCAGCGUUUCAAAUCCCUACGCUUGCGCUUUAGACAAUACUCAAAUAGUUGGUUGCUCGGGACAGAAUGUGCACGACCUAUUAAGGUGCACAAUGAUAGAGAAGCCUUUGGAAGCGUUACGCAGUACACUAGUUUGGGGACAUAUAGCUCCAACGGCACCUGAUACUCUUGCUUGCUACCCAUAUGUUAGUAGUGAUCCUCUUAUUUUACAUGAGUGCCCUCAUGUAUAUUUCGCUGGAAAUUGUAACACAUUUCAAACGGAAAUUCAUAAAGGUCCCAAGGGUCAAAUAACCCGAUUGAUAUGCAUCCCAAGCUUUUCGCGAACUCAAAGCAUUGCUGUAGUAGAUUUAGAAACGCUCGAUUGUAAGGAAAUCAAAUUUAAAGUAGAAUGAAUAAAACACUCGUGAAUUAUAAUAAC